CAUAUAGCUGUCCCUGUGUAUUGCCGGAGCAACAAUUACAUUUCUGAACUAUUAUCAACUUUAAUCAAUCACAUACUUUGCAGAAAUAUCGUUUAACAUAUUUGAAAUUACGCUUUGUUUCACAAGGAUCGACUGUUUGUGUUUUAAAUAAACUUUUAUUUAAAUUCGCGCCAGGCGUAUAUUUGGACGCAUGAACGGGGAAGUAGGAGUGACACAUCUGCCACAUUUACAAGCGGAGGAUAUUGCCUGAAAACAUUUAUCAAGACAGCUGUUUUUAGACCUCACCAUGAUCCACAGCUUGUUCCUGAUAAACAAUGGUGGAGAUUUAUUCCUGGAGAAACACUGGAAGAGUGUCAUAAGCCGCUCUGUCUGCGAUUAUUUUUUCGAAGCACGAGAGAAAGCGGUGGAACCUGACAAUGUGCCUCCUGUCAUCCGCACCCCUCACCACUAUCUCAUAAACAUCUACCGUGAGAAGAUCUUCUUUGUUUCUGUCAUCCAAACAGAAGUGCCUCCGCUUUUUGUAAUAGAAUUUUUGCAUCGAAUCGCAGAGACAUUUCAGGAUUAUUUUGGAGAAUGUUCUGAGACCACUAUCAAGGACAAUGUGGUCAUAGUCUAUGAGCUCUUGGAGGAAAUGUUGGAUAACGGCUUCCCCCUCGCCACAGAAUCCAACAUAUUGAAGGAACUUAUCAGACCUCCCACAAUUCUGCGGUCGAUGGUCAACACCAUCACAGGCAGCAGUAAUGUUGGUGAGACCCUCCCUACUGGUCAGCUCUCAACUAUCCCAUGGAGAAGAGCAGGUGUUAAAUAUACCAAUAAUGAAGCUUAUUUUGAUGUGGUGGAAGAAAUCGAUGCCAUCCUGGAUAAGUCUGGAACUACAGUUUUUGCAGAAAUCCAGGGAGUUAUUGAUGCUUGUGUCAAACUGUCUGGAAUGCCUGACCUUACUCUCUCAUUUAUGAACCCCAGACUCCUGGACGACGUGAGCUUUCAUCCCUGUGUCCGUUAUAAAAGAUGGGAAAGUGAGAGAGUUAUCUCCUUCAUUCCCCCCGAUGGAAACUUUCAGCUCAUGUCAUAUCACAUCAGUGCGCAGAACCUUGUAGCAAUCCCGGUAUAUGUGAAGCAGAACAUUAGUUUCUUUGAGACUGGAUCUUCAGGAAGACUGGACAUCACUGUGGGUCCUAAGCAGACCAUGGGAAAGACUGUGGAGUGUUUGCUAGUGACCGUACACAUGCCCAAAGUGGUUCUCAGUGCCAACCUCAAUGCGACUCAGGGAACCUACAACUAUGACCCAGUCACAAAGAUUUUGUUGUGGGAUAUAGGGAAACUAAAUCCCCAGAAGCUUCCCAAUCUGAAAGGAAGUCUAAGUCUGCAGUCUGGAGCUCCUAAACCAGAGGAGAACCCAAGUCUGAACAUUGACCUGAAAAUCCAGCAGUUGGCCAUCUCAGGAUUGAAAGUGAAUCGUCUAGACAUGUACGGAGAGAAAUAUAAACCAUUCAAGGGUGUGAAAUAUGUAACCAAAGCUGGGAAGUUCCAGGUCAGGACAUGAGGCCGUCUGCAGAGUAUCACAAUGAUAUGCCAAAAGUUUAAUAGAGGUGCCAUUUUCUAAGUGACAAAUCAUACAGAAUUACAACUGUGCACAAUCUCUCUUAUUUCUUUAUAACAUCGAAUUUACAUUUAUUAUUGUAAUAUUUAUCUUUCUUUGUUUUGUGGGAAGUAACUGGUAAUUUGCAAGAAGUGAACAUCUUUCCA